GAAAACGGAGAAAUUCGUUUCAACGGGAAAGGCAAGAAGAUUCGCAAACCUCGGACGAUUUAUUCUAGUUUGCAGCUUCAAGCUUUAAAUCAUCGUUUCCAGCAAACACAAUACCUUGCCCUGCCAGAACGCGCUGAGCUGGCUGCAUCUCUCGGACUAACACAGACACAGGUAAAGAUAUGGUUCCAGAAUAAAAGGUCAAAGUUCAAGAAGCUGCUGAAGGCAGGUGGCAACCCGCAGGAGAGCGACCCUACUAUGCCUAGUUCCAUCGGCCUGUCUCCCCGCUCUCCAGCAAUUCCUCCCAUAUGGGAUGUUUCAGCGUCCAGCAAAGGAGUAAACAUGGCGGCCAACGGCUACAUGCCCGGUUAUUCUCACUGGUACUCCUCCCCACAUCAAGAGACAAUGCAGAGAUAGACUGCGCAAAGGGCGGGGAGGCCCGAGGCCUGACUCGAGACUUUCGAACCUUUAUAGUUUUACCUGCACAAUUGAUUUCCAUCAGCCUCGAGACAAAAGUGUUGUCCCAUUCGAACAGAGAUUCCUUGGCGAAAGGGUCUGCUUGUGAAGGAUACUUGGGGACAAAGUCUCUGUGAUAUGACACACGAUAAAGGAACUAACCGUAUUAACUUACCAAUGACUGUUCAGUGGGAUUGCCUUUGUUAUGCUUUCAUUCAUGUCAACAUCUGACUGUCAAUAUACCAAAUAUAGGCUAUCACUGACAUUUAGCCCAACACUUGGGCACGGAAUGGAGUACACUUGCGGGUUGAACAUUAUGCCAUCUUAUAUUGUUGAAAUCUAAACUUCACUUUGACUGAGUGUUUUUCUCGAACAUGCAAAACAAAGCAUUCUCUCUGUAUAUAUAUUCAUCAAUUUUAGUUGUACAUACACUUUUUAUGUUUUGUCUUUCAUAAAUGGAGUAAACCUUGACUUAAAACAAA